AUGACCAAGAAUCCGGUUAAUCAGGGCCGCGCCAAACGCAUUGAUAUCACGUACCAUCACAUUCGCGAUGAAGUCAAGCGCGGUGAAGUGAAGCUUGAAUACUGCAAGACGACGGUGAUGAUGGCCGACAUCAUGAUCGAGGCAAUUCACCGACCGUGCCACAAGGAAUUAACGGCGGCGCUAGGCAUCUGUCCACGUUCGGAUUGA